GCGCGGCGCCGGGAGAGCCUGGCGGCCCGGGCUCCCGGCCUGCGCCCUCGCCCUGCGCCCCCAGCACGGCCCCGCGGCCUCCUGCGGCCGCUUCCGCCCUCUCCAGGCACGGCCAUGGCGCUCAACCAUUUCCUCUUCGCGCAGUGCGUCUGCUACUUCCUGGCUUUCCUGUUCAGCUUCGUGGUGGUGGUCCCGCUGUCCGAGAACGGCCACGACUUCCGCGGCCGCUGCCUGCUCUUCACCGAGGGCAUGUGGCUCAGCGCCAACCUGACGGUGCAGGAGCGCGAGCGCUUCACGGUGCAGGAGUGGGGCCCGCCGGCCGCCUGCCGCUUCAGCCUGCUCACCAGCCUCCUCUCGCUGCUGCUCGCCGCCGCGCACGCCUGGCGCACGCUCUUCUUCCUCUGCAAAGGACACGAGGGCUCCUUCCUGUACGCCUUCCUGAACCUGCUGGUCAGCGCCUUCGUCGUCUUCCUCGUCUUCAUCGCCAGCACCAUCGUGAGCGUGGGCUUCACCAUGUGGUGCGACGCCGUCACUGAGAAAGGCACCGUGCCCCACAGCUGCGAAGAGCUGCAAGACAUCGACUUGGAGCUGAAUGUGGACAACUCUGCCUUCUACGAUCAGUUUGCGAUUGCCCAGUUUGGCCUCUGGGCCUCGUGGCUGGCCUGGCUGGCCCUCACCGUCCUGGCGUUCCUGCGAGUCUACCACAGCUGCCGGCAGGAGGACCUGCUGGACAGCCUGCUGCACGAGAAGGAGCUGCUGCUUGCGCGGCCGGCCUCCCGGGCCUCCUUCCAGGAGGAGAAGAGUGCCGUCAUCUAGUGUCCUCGGGCGGCCCCCAGACGCCCCCAGCCGCCCGGGGGUGCACCUCCUGUCCUGGGGGCGUGGCGGGGCCCCCACCCCGGCCGCACAGCCUUGUGUGUCUGUCAUGUGUGUCGCGAGCUCCUUGACCCCCGGGGUGAGCCCGGCUGCCUGCUGACCUGGGUGGGGCAGCACAGGGUCUGGGGCGACAAGGGCCUCCUCCAGCCUUCCCGACCUGCCCCGUGG